AUGCUGUGUAGCAAUGAAUCCGUUUCUGAACACAUCGUCGUUGUCUAUAUUUUCUCAAUCAGCUUCAUACUCACCCUAUUUCUGGCGUCAUUGUCCUCCGUGUUUCAAGAUCCAACUGCUGCUGAUAACAACGAUGCUCCGGUAAGUCUCACCACCACUGAAAUGGUGUCGUUACCACCUCGUUCUGUGACAGGAACUGCAUCGGAGCCAAACAUAUCAUCAAAGUUUAUCCCUUUCUAUGGUGGAGCUGAUUAUCAUGAUUAUCACCAUUAUGUUGGUGGACAAAGUCAAAGCAAUUUUGCAUCUGUCUUCACUUACUAUGAUUACAUUUAUGGAACAGACAAGGGCUAUCGUUACCAGAAGAAAGUCUUGGAACAGUUAAGAGAUGGAAAAGGAAAUGAUGGAUCGAAUGCUUCAGGACAAGAUAUAAAAUCUGAGUAG